AUGUAUAAACUCCUCGUGCCGUUGUUGCUACUCCUUCGAGGUGCCAGAGCGGACUCAUCCUCCUCCAUAUCACAUCCACUGCUUGACUACGGUGAACUAGGUGGGAAAUUAGGCCUCUUGGGAGGCUUCAACUCCAUUCUGUACUACUCGCUGGCCAACGCCACUGGCUCCCUUACCGGCUCCAUCUCAAGUAUCCAACAACUUUCUGACGACACCAUCUUAAUCAACGGGGACUUUGAUUCUUUCAACCAGCAGGCGUGUCAACCUCCCAUAAUUUAUAACCUAACGAGUAACGACCUCACCAACUUAUUUUCCAGCGCAUCGGCUGCUAGGAGAAAGAGAGAUUCCAAUAACAGCUUGCCGUCGCUCAAUGGGACGGUUGAAACCACCUACAUAGACGGCGACUUGAUCUACCUCGGUGGUGAUUUCGAGUAUAAUGACUCGCACGGAGCCGUGGUGUACAACUCAACCUCCAAACAACUAAUAGAGUUACCAUUCAAGGGCUUUGGUAAAAACUCUUCUGUGAAUGCCAUCACAAAGGUCGAUGGUGGUGAUGAUAAUGGUUCCAUUAUAUUUGGGGGGUACUUUGAUACCUUGGGAAUACCUGAUCUCUUGGUCCAUAAUAUCACUGCCCUCAAUAAUUCAACCAAGCAUUCUAAUUCUACCAACACUUCAUUAAUCACAGCUGAGCAGAAGAUCUCCUUAAAGCAUGGGACUUUUACCGACGUCAAUGGAGAUGGUUCCAGUCCUUCGUCGUUGAUCUGUCCGUCCACUGGCUCUUCGUUAUGGGCUCCUCAAGAUAAUUCGGGAGGUCAAUGGUUGGUAACUUUGCCCUCACAGAUGCAAGGUUUGACUCCAACAAAGGUCAGAUUGUAUAUUCCCGAUGGAGCAGAUUCAAUAGAUACCUUCAGGAUCUACUCGUAUCCAAACAAUGGGAUAAUGAACUUGACGUAUGUGGAUCCAGACACAAAUGAAAUCGCCUACUGUGAUGCCUCGUGCCCAUUGUCGGCUUUAUCCCUGCUAAAAGAGGCUACUCAAGACAAUUUGGAUAACAUAGCCGACUUGGAUGUCGAUGAUGUAUUCAUUGGUGAAGAUGAUGGUACGUUUUCCAUGUAUUAUGAUUCCUCCACCCAAACCAAGACAUUAUCAUACGGCAAAAACUUCCAGGAGUUUGCCUUUGAAAAUGAUGUCAUGAUUGACCAAAUCGGGUUGACUGUAAUCUCAUGGCAUGGUUCCAAAGGAGCAGUGGCUGGAUUUGAAUUGUACUCCAACUCCAUUUUUGUUUACGGUAACGAAACCUUAAACGAACCUGAUUGUGAUGAAGAUCCAGACAAAACUAAUAAAAUCGAAAUUAACUCGGGUAGUUUCGACUCCAUUGCAUCUAUUGACUCCUCCUUAGUAAAUAUGGAUUACCAGGUCUCUACCGGGGGUGAUGGAAAGGUCACCUUGUACCCAAACAUUUCUUACUCUGGUGACUAUUCCAUCAUCAUGAUCACUCCAGGAUGUAUCCUGGACGAUUCUUGUGAUUUAAGAUCAAUCGUUAACGUGACUGUCUACGACUCGGAGGACGAAUUGCUUGCUCGGAAACUGAUUUACCAAAACAAUAACUACAAGAAGUUUGACUACUUGUUCUACGGUCAUUUGGAAGGGUCUACUUUGAGCGAAGGGCAAACCAGAAUUGAAGUUGAAUUCGACCAAGCCAUUGUUGAAGGGACCCAAGAACCUUGGAUGGUAAUAGAUAAAAUUCGAGCUGACAUAGUUGAGUUGGACGAUUACUACAACACAAAUUCUACUAACCAUACAAGAACCAAGAACGGCACUUACUCGGGUUUGGUGGAAUUGAAGAUCAAUGGUUUAUUUGAGUAUUCCUUGGCUAACUUUUCAUCCUUCAACGAAGAUAUGAUCUACACUGUUGAUGACGAUAUUUCCCCCGAUAAUCUUUUUGUUGGAAAUUCGACCAUCAACGUAUUGAGUUCAGAAUUGUCUAAUGAUACAGUUGUGAAACAGUUCAAUGCUGACAAUGGUACAUUGUUGGUUUUAGGAUCUUUCAGCUCAAACUCGUCGAAUUUAACUCUCAGUAAUGACAAUUUGAUCAACUUUAAGAUUAGCAAGUAUAACACCACUUCCAAUUUCACGGUUGCAGAUAUUCAAAAAAGGCUGAAAUGGGGGAACUUUGAUAUCGUUGAUACUGGCUAUCAUACUACCAACUACUUAUUGUCUUCUGAAGAUGUUUAUGUUGACUUGGUGACAAGAGCUGAUGUUAACAGCUCUACUAUUUUUGGUGGUACCUUCAACAACUCAAUAACCACAGUGUCAUCUUACGGAAGUGCCAGAGUUUUUAUUGGUAGAUUCCAAAUGACCAACCAAGAUGACUCCGGCGUAGAAAUCCUUGAUUUGUCCAACGGUAAUAAAUCUGUCGAUGAGGCGAAUAAUUUCGUCCUUUAUGCAAAUGAAGACUUCUACAGUUUUGGUAAUGACUUCAUUGAUGAAACUUUCGAUACUUUCACUUUCAUAACGCUUCCGUCAGCAGAAUAUUUCAUUUUCUCUUCAAGUGAGGACACAAGAACCUGGGACAAUUCCAACAAAGAAUGGAUCACCAAUCCAAACAGGCAAUUGAACAUCACAGAAGUGAUCACUUUAUCUGAUGGGCUGCAAAUUGUGUCCGGUUCAUCUUUCAAUCCUAUGGACAAUUAUUUCACCAACCAAGCCUAUUUCACCAGUAACGAUGAUGUCAGUAAUGGAUCUUUUGACACCUUCAACAUUGAUCUUGAUGGUGGAAACAUCACAGUCUCUUACUAUAUCAAUGAUUCGGUGAGUGUGAUUGGAGGAAACUUCCAAACCACAAGCAAAACACCAAUUGUGGACGUUGGAUUCUUGUCAACCAAGGAUAAUCACUCGUUUACCGGGGUACAAGGCAACAUAGAAUGGACUUCUAAUGCAACCAUUCAGACGGUAUACGUUGAUUCCAAUGAUGAAUAUCUUUUUAUUGGUUAUAAUAAUUCUGUCUCAGUCAAUGGCCUUUCGUUAUCGGGCGGUGUGAUCAUCUAUGACAUCAAAAGCAACAACUUCACUAGUUUCCAGCCUGCUGAGCUCUCUAAUAGCGCCGGUGGUUUGGAAGUUAAUGCCAUUGUCUACUACGAGAAUGGUAAAAAGUUAUUGGUUGGUGGUAAUUUUGAUAGUGCUGGAUCAUUAGACUGUCAAGGAUUAUGUAUCUACGACAUAAAGAACACUAGAUGGGAAAGUCCAAAUAGUGAUUUGGAUGGGAACUACGUUUCCGAUAUCAAGUUUAUCAAAAGCAAUGAGGUUUUAAUCACUGGAGCUUUGAGCUUGGAGAACAAAGACAGCAAAUUUGCUGUUUAUAACCUUGAUAAAGAUGAAUUCGACUCCGCACCUUCCAGUCUCAAUAAUUUAUCUUCGGAUGAUGUCCCCACCAAGCUCAUCAUGUCUGAUGAUAGUUAUGAUGACGAUUUGAAGGGAAGAUUCAUUGUCGUUGGUAACGGGUUCAUCAAAGGGUAUAAUGGCUCUGAAUGGUCAGAUAUCGAGGGUAUUGACUUCUCCAAUGAAACAAGACUCGCGGACGUGAAAUUAUUGACCUUAAAGAAGUCUAACUCAGACAAUGACCAGACCUACUUCAGUAAAAAUCAAAUUUUGGCUGUGGCAGGUAAAUUCAAAUUACAAGAAUACGGUCUAGUCAAUGUGGCAUUCUACGAUGGGAAGAUUUGGACUCCUUUGGCAUAUACUACGUUAACAGGUACCCAAUUAGGAAGUGUAAACUCUAUCUUGGUCAAAGACCAAUUUAGGUACUUAUCCCUGGCAGACAUAGAAAACAAGUCACUGAAGUUAUCCAGCGGAAAAGUCGUUGGUAUAUCAUUGGCAUGUGCAUUGGGAAGUACCACCUUUUUGAGUUUAUUGUACAUUAUUCCAUACUUAGCAUUGUUCAGAAAGAACAAAGAAAAUGAAACAACCGAAAGAAUCGGAGAAAAAGAGAUGAUGGAUGCGGUGAAUCCGGAAGAAUUGUUCCAUGAAAUCGAUUUACAAAGGCAUCAUUAA